AUGCACCAUUUAGGUGUGAAGAAAAGCAAUCUUCUUGAUUUGGCUUCCGCAGAGACAAACAAGCUUGGCUCUGCAGGCAAUCAUGACCAGCCUCUCUGCCCCAGGCCCCGUAGAGUUGGCCCUGCCAUACCUGAAUUCCUCAAGCCUCAAAGAUGUAACAAGCACAGCUCUUUUCUGUUUCUUUUUUUUUUUUUAGUAACCAACAAAAAUUCCGAUGAAAGAAGUGGAAUUCUGAAUAUGAUCACUGAAAAGGAAAUAUUUGAUGGGAGGGAAUAUGUAUGCACCAAGUGUUCACCAGCAUGUUACUCAGGAUCUCCACCAGGCAGAACAAAUAACCCUCUGGUUCAUGAUGUGCAGUUUCUUCAUCAGAUGGAACUUCUUUCUCCAUUCACAAGAACAAAGCUCUCAGAUAAAUUUGGUUUUAGUACCUCUGCCUCUCCAGUGUGA